AUGCUCGGCACACACCGCGAUAACGCACAAUUCGCCCGCGCACGUUGGCGCAAAACGAUCCUAUUGCCGUGUUGGAUUGUGCAACUGGGUCUGCUUAUGAGCAUCAUGGGCCUGUUCAUAUUCCGACUUUCACGGACGGUCAGGACGUGGGAGAAAGAGAAGGAAAAGGGCAACGUGCCGACUGUCGAGUUUGUGUGGGAAAGCGUCAACAUCGGCUUCUCGCUCAGCUCGCUCAUCAUAACCCUCGUCUCGAUAGCGAGGUUCAUCGCCGAGGUGCUGACGCCGCUGCCCCUGCUCUUCAUGAGCAUCAUCAGCUUGACACUAUCGAGCGCCGUCCUCGCUCUGGAUAUCGUGGUCUACGUGCAGUACGCAGACAGGGAAUACUCGCUCAUAGGACUGGGCAUGGACUGCGCUCUCAUGCUAUUUACAAUCAUCCCUACCAUCUACUCCAUACUCAUCUACCGCCGCCUCCUCACCUACGACGACUACCACCUCCCGGGCAACGCAAAACCCUACGGCUUCGCGAACGCAAAUGCCGUCGACGAAGACACGACCAGGUACUCGUCGUCCUACCUGCAACCGCCCACGCCCUACGACCCCACGGACUUCUCCACCAAUACAAACGCGGUCACGCGCCCGCGCUCCCUCUCCGCCGGCCGCCGCAUCUCCCUCAACUUCAGCCGCAGCAACACCACCAGCACAUCCCCGCUCCCCUCGCCAACACCGACCACCACACCGCAGCCUCCGAACCCCAACCAAACCUCGACGACCAGUGAGCGCCGCGCCAGCUACGACCACAAGCGCGACACGCAAUUCGACGAGUUCCGCGCCCGCCGUGCCAGCGCCAACAGCUCCACCAACCUGCAAGCCGACGUGCAAAAGGCGCUCGGCACCGAGUUUGGGUGGGACACCAGCAACGACUACUUCCCGCCACAGAAGCCGCAACAGAGGCAAAGAGACAGCAUCAUAACCACGAAAUCCGUCCCCGUCUCCAAGGCGCAGACAAGGGCGCGCGGCGACUCGCUCCUGCGGCAGGCGAGCUGGGAGGCGAGCCUGAGCCUGACGGGCAUGGGGAGCAGGAGUCCGACCCCGAGUAUCAUCGUUGCGACGCCGGACGACACGGCGAGUGGGGCGGCGACCGCGGCUAGUACUGUCAUGGUGCAGCCGGGGCAUAGUCUGCGUAGUGUGCCGGAGACGCACGAGGAGGAGGAGGACGAUGGUCACGAUGAAGACGGCGGGGAUCUUGGGGCCGCGGGGAGUAGGUACGGGCGACGGUCGGUGCCGAUGCCGGAAAACGAGGUGCGAGAGGCGCUGCUGGUGCGGAGGAACAGCAGCAGGGCGUCGUCGCCUGCGAGCUCGCGGAAUGCGGGAGGUGGUGGUGGGCGGUUAGGCCGGCUUGAAGGGCUCGAGGACAUUGAGCUGGAGGGGAGGUUGAAGCGGAGGCGCGAUUCUUGA